AUGGGUGGGCGUUGGUGGCGAGCGGUGGUGGGACGCCUGAGUCUCAUGCAGCGAGGCAAGGCGCCCCUGAGGUACAGCCACAGCCGCAAUCCCUGGCAGGGUGGGCGCGCUGGGGGAGCCAAGGGGGUUGCGGGGGCGGAGGGGGUUGGAGGGGCGGAGCACAUGGGCGCGCAAGGGGGUGCGUGGACGGGGGGAGUUGCGCCAGGCAGGGGAGGGGGGUGGGGGUCGCUGCUGGUUGCCUGUGCUGCAGGGGCGGCUGGGUGUGCGGUGGUGGAGAUGGGGGUGGAAAAGGGAAAAGAAGCUGCUGGCGUGAUGGCGGAUGCAUGGAGGCAGAUGCAGGGGGAUUGGCUGCUGCUGCGGGUGGAGUGUGCUGACGUGGUUGCUCUUAGUGCUAGCAUCAAAUCUGAUGAUAGCGAAUCGUUCUUGAAAAACCGUGAAUCUGGUGGGGAUGGUGGGGCAGGUGGGGCUGGUGGUGGAAAUGAGAGAAAUGGGAGCAGCAGCGUCGUUGCAAGCACCAGCAGUGAAAUCACUGGUGGCAAGUCCAGUGGCGGCGUUGUGGGCAGGAAGCGGGUGGUGGUGCUGGGGUCGGGGUGGGGCGCGGUGAGCUUCCUUAAAGCCAUAGACGCACAUGGGUACGAUGUGACUCUCAUCUCGCCCCGCAACUUCUUCCUCUUCACGCCGCUGCUGCCAAGUGUCACCACAGGAGUGGUCGAGGGCAGGAGCAUUGCUGAGCCAAUCAGACGCAUCCUGCUGCGGCACGGCAGCUCGGCUCGUUUCCUCGAGGCCGAGUGCAUUGCCAUCGACCCCGCCUCCAGGACCCUCUCCUGCCGCGCCCCUGCUGCCCUGCCCGCUGCCGCGCUGCCCGCUCCGCUGCCCGUGCCGGCUGUUGCAAAGGCUGGAGGCCAGAAGGAGGGUGACGGGGCGAGGGGAGAAGGUGGCGGGGAGUGUGGUGGGGCGAGGGAGGUGCACUUCUCAGUGCCGUACGACAUGCUGGUGGUGGCCGUGGGGGCCGUCCCCAACACAUUCAAUGUUCCAGGCGUGCAGCAGCACUGCCACUUCCUCAAGGCAAGUACUGGCCACCAGGCAUGGGGAGACUGGUCACUCCUUGUACCACCCUCCGCAAUCUCUUGUUCCACCUCAUGUGCCUAUCCAUUCUCCCCAUCAUCCCGGCAUGCCGUCUCCCCCAUCUCUCUACCCCAUCUCUCCUCGUCAUCUCUCCCCCCAUCUCUCCUCGCCAUCUCUCCCCCCAUCUCUCCUCGCCAUCUCUCCCCCCAUCUCUCCUCUCCAUCUCUCCCCCCACUCUCCUCGCCAUCUCUCCCCCCAUCUCUCCUCGCCAUCUCUCCCCCCAUCUCUCCUCGCCAUCUCCCCCCCAUCUCUCCUCGCCAUCUCUCCCCCCGUCUCUCCUCGCCAUCUCCCCCCCAAUCUCUCCUCGCCAUCUCCCCCUCAAUCUCUCCUCGCCAUCUCCCCCCCAAUCUCUCCUCGCCAUCUCCCCCCCAAUCUCUCCUCCCGCCCCCUGCGUCUCGUCAUCCCCCCUGCCAGUCUCUGGACGAUGCAGAGGCCAUCCUAAACACGCUCAUUGACUGCUUCGAGGCGGCGUUUUUGCCGGGAAUCGAAGCAGAGGAGCAACACAGGCUGCUGCACGUGGUGGUGGUGGGGGGCGGUCCCACGGGCGUGGAGGUGGCAGCAGCAGUGCACGACAUGGUGCAGGGGGACCUGUACCACCUCUACCCCACACUCAAGGGCAAGGCUUCCGUCUCUCUGCUGCAGUCAGGCGACCACAUUCUCAACAUGUGA